AUGUACAUAGAUGCAUAUUUGCUAUUGAAGCCUUCUUGGGGUGAUGGGGAUUACACAAGCAAAGGGACUCUAAUUUUAGAAAUAAUAGAUGAUGAAAUUGAAGAAGCUGAUAAAGAAAAGUUUGAGAGCAACAAUGAGGAAGAUCAUGAACAUGAUGACGAAGGGAUAACAGAUAAGCAUCAUAUCGUUUGUGAUGUUGAAAGCUUUUAUCCUCAUAGAGGUGGCAAAGUUCUUUCUCAAACUUGCACUCUGAUGAAAAGGAUAAAGAGAGGGAUGAGAAGGAAGAUAGAAAACUUGAAUUUGCAUUUUGAGAAUCAUGUAGCUUGUGAAACUCAUGCAUUAGAGAGGGAGCAAAAGAUUGAAAGUUUUGCUACUGAGUCACCUAUUAGAGCACAAUCAAGUAUAUUUGAAAAUAAUCUUUGUGAGCCUCAAGCUUUAUCCAAUGGUGGCAGCAAUGCAGAAGCAGCUGUAGAAGAAGCAGAUAAUACACAAGCCAAUAAGCCUCCAUUUCAUGAACCAGACUGCUCUUGUCAAUGCAUACAAGAAGAUCAAUCUUCAACCAAUGAUGAUGAUACUGAAGUUCCCAAUGCCUUUAAUGAACUAGAAGAAGAGAGAAGUGCCUCUGCAAUAGCUGCUAACCAGACAAUGACAAUGAUUACCAGGCGGCAGGAAGAAAAAGCAGCAAUGCAAAUGGAAGCAUUGCAGUGCCAAAGAAUGAUGGAAGAGCAAUCAGAGUAUGAUCCGGAAGCUUUGCAGAUUUUGAAUGAUUUAAUGAUGAAAAGAGAGAAAGAGAAGCAAGAACUUGAAAAGGAAUUGGAAGAGCACAGGAAAAAGAUACUGGACUAUGAAGGAAAAGAGAAAUUGAGGGUGUUGAGAAGAAAAGAUGGAAUUGAUGAAGACAAUGGCAUCUUCAACCAUGAGGAAAGCAGCCACAACAAUUUAAGUGCUGAUACAGUUUCAAAUUUGGAGGAGAUGGCAAUAGACUGUGCAAAGUAUAUAAGUGUUGUUGAUAAUUCAUUGGCAGAAUUUGAGGAAGAGAAGGUGUCCAUUCUAGAUGAGUUCAAAGCAUUGAGGGAAAAACUUAUCACAGUGUCCAUUGAAGAGGAGGUUGAUCAUGUUUAUGAGAGGUUACAAGCUCUUAAAACAUAUAGGGAGUUUCUAAAGCACUGUAAGGGAUCCACACAGAAUGGAGACAAAGGAAUGGAUUUUCUUCAAGAAAUCUUGCAACAUCUUUGUGAUCAUAAGCAGUGGAACUCCGCCUAA